AUGCUAAUGCGCAUUAAUGCGAUUUGCAAGAAGAAUGCUGUAAUCCGGGAUCUCAAGACCCACUUGCACCAUUUGGCAAAGUUCUCCGAAAACCACAUCCUGCGCAGCAGGCAGGAAGCAGAAAAGCAGCAGAAAGGGGAGUUGCGUGCCUCGCAGGCAAAGUGUGCCAGGCUCCAGCAGGAUAUACAGCAGCUACGAGCGCAGCUCAAUGCGCUUGUCGCCGAGAACCGCGAGUCAGAACUGGCUCUCAGAAAGAAGAAGUACAAAGUGGAGAUGGAAAUCGAAAACUGGAUCCAAAAAUAUGAUGCUGACAUGGGAGAAAAACAGAUGGAGUAUGAGGAAGUCGACGCUAUCUACACUGAGGAGAAGGCCCAGCUGGCUCAGCUGAAGGAGAUAUAUGCUGUGCUUGAACAAGAGUAUUCCCAGAUCAAGGAGGAAAGGAGGAUAGCCCAGGAGAAGAAGGAAAGAGCAGAGAGGGAGCUGGCUAUCAUGAUCCGUGCAGCCACUCGCAUCCAGGCCUUUUGGAAAGGCUACUUGGUCAGAUCACUGUUAAAGUCAAAGAAGAAAAAAAAAGGAAAAGGCAAGAAGGCAAAGGUCAAAAAAUAAACUACAACUCCACCUUUUUCUCUUCCCUUCUCAACAUCCCAGACACUUACCCUCGGAUUUCAACUACCCCCGCCAUGUUAUCAUUUACCCUAUAGUAUGUAUUUGAUGCACAACCUGUUCAGUACAAUAGAUAGUUCUUGUACACAAGUUUGAGACUGUAAAAGCAAUUCUAUCAUAAAUAAUUUUCAACCAA